CAGAUGUGCAGGACCAGUCAACUGUCUCCUCAACGUCGUCUCAGCAACUAGAGAGACGCCCACCAUUAGCGAGGGCAAAUAUCCCAAAAAAUCGUCAAAGGUACUCCUUCAAGAUGAGGACAGGAUCAACCCAGCGCUCACCGCCAGACAAGAUGAAGGUUUAUAAGUUUAAACCAUACAAGGAAUGGACCGACUCUCCUGAAGACUCAACCCUGGACAGUAAUGCCAAACCCAAGUUCAAGCCCAAGCCCAAAUUCAAGAUCAAGACCCUCGCUACCUCGACUGCAAAUACCAGGAAGCUGGCAGUCAUGCGCCACUUGGCUUACCAUCAUCCCACCUCGUCCCUUAAAGUUGGUACUCUGGCCGCGAACGUCAAGCGAGCAGUACCAAACAAUGGUGUUCUCCAACAAGAGGUCAUACAUUGCAUCCGAGAUCUGGUGCAAGAAGCAGCCCGAGUAAAGCGGAAAGGCCAGCAAGUGAUCAGGAAGUUUGUCGACUACAUCAACAAGCAUAGACUAGGACCCAUUGAUCGUCAAUUUAUGGAUCUAUUCUGUCCUCGAGUAUCCAUGAAUGAUGUCAAGGAUGAGAAGAAUGAAGAGACGGAGGAGGAGGAGGAUGGGGGCAGCGAGGACGAUUUGGACGACAAGCCAAAGGGUGACAGAAGCUCUGCUCAGUCCUCUUUCCUGUUGAUUUUCCUGACAUCCAUAUAUCCUGGAAACCGCCCAAGGAAUGCUGGUACUGGCUCGACAGUCAAUGAAUUUAUUGAUCGACCCAUUCAUCUCCAGCUGUACACACCACCACCACUGGCAUCUGAUGGCUGCAAGCACAAAGCAGUCUUUACACCAUCGGAACUGGUAGCAUCCGUCUCCACCCAACUCAGGGUCGAACUCAAGAAGAUGUACAAGAACGGUUCCUGCGAUCUGUACAAAAAGGUAAUUAUUCUUACUUAUUAUUUUCUAUCUCUUGGAUUGUAGCUCAUGGCAAGAAAGGAAAAGGGUCUCUUGGGUUCCGACGUUGAUGUGGAGAUUCAGGGGGAAGUAUCU